AUGAAGCAUUCGGAGCAACUGCUACUCAAACGUGGUUAUGCUGAGCCCCCCGAUGCCUUGGGGGGCAAAGCAAUUAAUAUGAAACAAGCCUUGCAAUUGGUACGAGAUCGACGUGUGGAAUUUCUAGCCCAUGCUUAUGCCUUGUUUAUGCCAGACGAAGGGAUCGAGAAGAGCUACCCUCUGUUGGUGGUGCAGUGGUGUCUGGUAGUGCCCACUUCGAUAUCUGUUUCAACGUACUUUUAUCCUCUGCAACCUUUCGAUUUCAUGGUGUGGUUUUUUGUACUUGGAGCAUUUGUGGCCUUAAUUUUGCUGGAACUUUUGUGGUUAAGCAUUGGCAAAAAGACACUUGGUAGUAUUUUGACUGUUAAUCUCUUUCAUGCCCAGAUCAAUACAAUGGAUGAUCUAAUACGUGACCAAUUACCUGUGAUGAUUAUCGAUUAUGAGCUGGAAUUCUUAUUGCAACUUCACAAGGAAUUGCCGGAGGAGUUUGUAAAACUUCUAAGGCCAGUCGAUAGUGGGAUAUUUGCAGAGCAUCAAACCAACUUUAAUUGCACCCACGCCUACUUUGUCACAGAGGAUCAGUGGCAAUUUCUUGAUGAGCAGCAAAAACUCUUGAAUUUAUAA